GGCACCAGACGAGAGUAGGAUCUUUCAGACGCGUACUCCCGCGAGUACCUAAAUCUCGCAAGACCAAACCAUAAAAGGCAAAACGCAGGCUCCUCGUCUAUACCCCAAACCCUCUCAAAUCUAUCCUCCUGCAUAGAAAAUGGAAGACGACGAUGACGAAUUCGGCGAUCUUUACACUGAUGUUCUCCGUCCAUCCAAUUCUACCCCUGCCUUCGCUUCAAAUCCAUCCUCCGUUCCCAAACUACCCCUGAAAUAUUCCCCUCCCAGCGACGAUGACGAAGACAUUCUCUACGCCCCUCCCAAUCCCAAUCUACCCCUCCCUUCUUCCCAUUCUACACCUCCUUCCCAAACCCUAGAAUCCACCCGCAACGAAUCAGAUACCUCCGCUGCGCCUCAGCACCACCCGAAUCAGGUCUCCCCUCUUCUAACUUCCGAAGACAAAGAACCGCCUAGGGUUUCGAAUUCUCCGAUCCCUGGUUCUCCUCAAGAUGACGGGAUUAGGGUUUCUGAUGAUUCCGCUGCGGCUCAGCACCAUCUGAAUCAGAGCUCUCCUGUUCCUGUUACCGAUGAGAAGCAUGCAGCUAGGGUUUCUGAUACCCCGCCGCUACCUCCCUUGGGUUUGCCUCAAGACGGUGGGACUGGGGCUUCGGAGAUUGAUGUUGGGAUUGGCGAUCUGGACUCGGACCUGAUUAUCCCGGGGCUGUCGACUGGGCCAUCCAUACCUGGGAUUUUCGAUGGCAGCGUGGGAAAUGGAGAUGCGAAGGGUUCUUCAAGAAAGGACGAUAGUGGCGGCGGCGGUGGCGGUGGGGAUGAUGAUUGGGAUAGCGAUGAUAGUGAGGAUGACAUUCAGAUCGUACUGAAUGAUAAUUCUGGGCCAAUCGGCUUGGAGCGGAAUGAUGAUGAGGAUGAGGAUGGUGAAGAUUUUGUUAUUGUUGCGGAUGGGGAUCAGCAUCGUCCGGAGAUUGAGGACCAGGAUUGGGGAGAGGAGGCGGGUCAGGCGGUGGCAGAAGGGGAGAGAAAGGAGAUCGGCGAGGCGGCGAAAGUGAAUGGAGGUGUGAUGGUGGCAGGUGGGGCGAGGAUCGGGUAUAGCGGCCAUGGGUAUCAUCCCCACCAUUCUCAGUUCAAGUAUGUAAGACCUGGUGCUGCUGUAAGUGCUGCAGUUGGUGUUGGGGUUCCAGGUCAAGUUCGACCUCCUGCCACCAUGAGUUUAGUUGCUGGUCGUGGGCGAGGUGAUUGGAGACCGAUAGGGGUUAAUAAGAAUAUUCCAAUCAUACCAAAACCUUUCCAUUCAGGCUUUGUAUUCCCUGGCUGGGUCAAUAAUUCAUCAGGGCGCAAUGGAUUGGAUUUCACUCUGCCAUCUCACAAGACAGUAUUUGAUAUCCACAUCGAUUCAUUUGAGGAAAAACCAUGGAGACAUCCUGGUGUUGAUACAUCGGAUUAUUUCAACUUUGGGUUGGAUGAGGACAAUUGGAAAGAGUACUGCAAGCAGCUGGAUCAACUUCGUUUGGAGGCUACCAUGCAAAGUAAAAUCCGAGUUUAUGAAAGUGGGCGAUCUGAACAAGACUAUGAUCCAGAUUUACCCCCGGAACUUGCAGCUGCUGCUGGCCUUCAUGAUGUUAAUAUUGAAAAUGCCACUCUUGGAAAGACGGAUAGUGGACAAGCUGAUCUAAUGGGUCAGGGAAGGGGAGCUAGUCGCAUGCGGCCACCAUUACCUACAGGGAGAGCAAUACAGGUUGAAGGUGGUUCUGGUGAACGCCUUCCCUCCAUAGAUACCAGGCAACCACGACUCCGUGAUUCAGAUGCAAUCAUAGAGAUUGUCUUGCAAGAUUCUGUAGAUGAUGAUUCCGUCACAUCUAAUGGUACCGUAGACCGACCAGAGAAUGGGCUACAAGUAGAUCCCCGAGGGGGCCGUGACAAUGAAGAAAAUGGUAGGCCGCCUGAAUCUGAAUAUUUUGACCAAUUCCCACCAAAUUAUAAUGGUAGGAAGAGGGAACUUGUGCCUAGAAGAGCUCCGUUCGUCAGUUCUGUUCACAAUAACAUACAAGAAGGUGAUGGGAUAUUGCCCUUUCCUUCGGAGGCACCCCUUCAAUACCAUCCUGGUUCUAAAGCUCGGGGCCCUAUAUACCCUGGAGGGCCUUUUGCUGCUCCUCAGGGAGGAAGGUGGGCACAAGGAACAGCACGUGAGAGAUACUCUCACACAAGUGGUGACCAUAAAAAUGAUAUCAUCCCAAGCCAAAGUGCUCGAAACAGAUCUGAGGUUCGCCAAAGUGAAAAAUCAGGGGACAGCAUUGACGGCAAAGAUACACCAGAAGCAUCAUCCCCUGCUGCAGUGGAGGCUGUGAGGGAUCCGAGCCUUGAGCAGAAAGAUGACAUGCAUGACGAUGAGCAGCUUGCUUUGGCUGACAGUGUUGAAGGGGAGGAAAUGGGUUCAGAUAUGGGAAUUCCAAGUGAGACGCUUGCAGAUGAUAGCACGCUUCAUACUGUUAAGAAACAAAAAUUAAGUUCUCGAGUUGAACAACCGGCAGUUCUAGAUGUUGGCAAUGAAGAUGAUUUAAGGACCACACUCAGUGAUAACAGCAAAGCAAAAUCAGGAAGCAGCAGGGAUUAUCAGAAGAGGCAUGAUGGUGGAGAGGAAGAAGUGAUGCAAGAUGGGCGGUCAAGACGAAUAGUAGAUGAUAAAAGGCGCCAUGAAGAAGAUGAAUCUGUUCAUCGUAGGAGAGAGGAUUAUAGCCGAGGCAGCAGACAUGAGAUGGACCGAAGCCGCAUGGUCACAAAAGGAAGGGAAGAUCCGUAUAACUCCUAUCCUUAUAGAGAUUGGGAUUCUGGAUCAUCUCAUUAUGCACGUGCAAGGACUGAUGGUUUUGAAAGGGCAAAGGAGAGGGAUAAUUCGGUUGGAGCUUGGCAAAGGAGAGAUGAGGAUGCACAUGGUAGACGGGUGAAAGAUGACGACAUAAGGAGGCGGGAGCGUGUUGAAGAAACGGGAUCAAGGCACAGGAAGCUUAACGAAAAUGACAGGAAUGACAAGGACGAGCAUCCACAUUCGAGGAAACGGGUGGAUGAUGGUGAUUGGAGAGGUCGGCAUGAUAAAGAUGGAGGGCCAAGACCGAGGGAAAGAGAUGAUGUUUUGAUUGGCAGACACGAAAUCUUGAACGAUCCCCAUAAAAGAAGGAAAGAGGAAGAGCUUCCAAGGAGAGAGCAUGUUGACAAGGAAGACACCUUGCAUGGGUACAGAUCUAGAGAAGAUAGCAGCCGAAGAAAGCGGGAAAGGGAUGAUGGUCUAGACCAAAGGAGGAGGGAGGACCAGGCAAGGGCAAGAGAUAAGCCUGACGAUCACCAUUCUGUUAGGCACAGAGAUGAAAACUGGCGUCUGAGGGAGAGGGAAGAUAGGCAUAGGCUCAAACAACCUCAUGAAGAUACACAAACGAACAGAGACAGAGAAGAAGGGCGAGGUGCAACAAGGAGUGGGCGAGCUUCAGAUGAUAAACAAUGGGCUGGUAAUGCGAGGGCUAAAGAUGAGUCAAAAGGUUUAGGUUCUGAGAAAGACUAUCAACUUAAAGAUAAACGGCGGCAGAGUGAGCAACCCAAGAGAAGAGAUCGGGUGGAUGAAGAAACUUCUUCACAACAUAGGGGACGCGAUGAUGCUUAUUCACGUGAGAAUCAAUUUGGUAAUGAGGAGAGAAACCCAAGGCAUGAAAGAUCAAGCACGCAAAAUGAUCGUUCUGUAAGCACUUCUGAUAACCAACGGUUAAGCAAGGAGAGACACAAGGACAAUAUAAGGAAGAGUAAAGAAUCUGACGGGGGUGAUCAAAGUACUUUGUUACCCAGCAAGAGAAAGCAUGAUGACCACAGCACCCACCGGAAUGAAAAGGUUAUCACUAAAAGCAAGGGCGAACAAGAAAGUGGUAAUGUGUUGAUGACGGGUCACACCGACUCUCGUGACCGUAGCCAAUCACGGUCUUCAUCUGCUGCUCCUAGGAAGAUUCAUCACCAUCAUCAUGAGCAGCACGAGGCUCAGCGCCACUCUUCCAGAAAGCAUGGGGAAGAUGCGGCCUCAGAUGAUGAGCUGCUAUUGGACUCGAGAAGGGGCCGGUCGAAAUUGGAACGUUGGACAAGCCACAAAGACCAGGACACCAAUACAAAUGCUCUAUCACCAUCAUCUUCAUCGAAGGGUAAGGAGACUGGUGGAAGGAACCAUAAUAGCAGAUCUUCCUUAGCCAGCGAACAAGCUGAUGAUGGAUCCACCAAGAUAGGUGGGCCCGUUGAUGACCAACAUCCAUCUGGUGUUGAAAAAAAUGCUGGUGAUUUGGAGCCUAAGGAUACUGAAAUGGCAACUGGAGCAGAUGGUCAGCAUGUCGACUCGGAGAGGGUUGGAGAUGAUCGCCACCUGGACACUGUUGCAAAGCUUAAGAAGCGAAGUGAGCGUUUCAAGCUACCCAUGCCUAGUGAGAAGGACAGCCCCGUGAACAGGAAGGUGGUGGAUAACGAGCCGGUGCCAGCCCAGACUGAAGCCACCAUUGAUGCAGAGAUCAAACAAGAACGACCCGCUCGGAAGCGGAGGUGGGUUGGUAGCUGAGUCAAAAGGUUAGGAACAAAAGAUUUUUAUGGGUUGUUUUUGCUUUUGUAAUUAUGGGUCUUUGGGCUCAUGUUUUGCUCAGCCCAUAGUUACCUAAACUCCGACGGUUAUCAUCUUUUCACCUUCUAGAAUGCGUUUCCAAGCUUUUUGAGAGGGGCAUUCUAAUCAGACAGUCGUCUGGAGUACUGUGGGGCCAACCAUGCAGCGUCGCGGUGGUUUACUUUCCCAUUCACAUGCUGCGAUUUAUGUUAUUCUCCAAUGUAUGUAUACUUGAAAAUGUAACACUGGAAACAGUCCCCAUAGUGGCCCGUAAAACUGAAUUUCUACUUUAGAAUAGCGGCAUGCAUGUUGUAUCACGCAGGUUAUGCAGGGCGGCCUUUUUUCCAUUGCCAUGCAUGAGGUUCCAGGAAGAGUUAUUUACAGAGCGCAGCUUGUAAGAAGGCUACAGUCAAAGACAGGGUUCUGAAGAGCCCUACUGUAUGCAGUAGCCAUGGCUUUCGUUGUUUACCAGACUGCCAAGCGAGACAAGCCUCCCUAUCAUCUGCUUUGGGUUGGAAGUUCAGGAAUCGAAAAGGAAGAUCAAGAGGCUGAUGCAAGAAAAAGACAACAGCUAUCUGCUCCAAUGGCCCUCGAGAGUUAAACAGACAAGGCCUGUAUUUACGAGAUCUAAUUCCUUUUUUCCUCUUUUGCUUUUUUAUUUCAUCUGUUUCCUUUACAAGAUAAAGGCACGUCGUAGGGGAAACUCCUAUACUAGAAUAAGGUUGUUACGAUGAUCAAAGGAGAAAUACAAGAGGAUUAGAAAUGUUCGGAUGAGAA